CUAAAGUCAUUUGCCAGCUUCAGGAUUCGGCAAAACUAUCUCCAGCAGAGGAUUUUCUAAAACAAAAUGAAGGGAAAACCAUUGAGCAGAUUAAAGAUUUGGCUGAGAAAUCUGUUUGUGUUGUGUUUGCCACUAUUAAAUUCAUUCCUGAUGACAACAGUUGGUAUUACCCUGCUUGCAAGUGUAACAAAAAGGUGUACCCAGCUGAGGACAUGUACUUUUGUGAAGCCUGUGUUCGCCAUGUUGUUACUGCAAUUCCUAAAUACAAAAUUCGUUUGAGGGUUAUGGAUGCUAAAGAUUCGACAACCUUUGUUUUAUUUGAUCAAGAGGCCAACAAUCUUCUUAAUAAGCCAUGUUCUGAAUUGGUUGAAAAAUGCCAUAAGGACCCUAGCGAUUCUCAGGUUCCGUCGGAGAUUAUGAGUUUGAUUGAUAAGUCAUUUUUAUUCAAGAUUGAAGUUGACAAUAGUUCCAACACAUGGUUUGAGCCAUCUUAUAAGGUGAAGAGAAUUUGUUCUGAUCCUGAAGUCAUUUCCCAAUUUAAGAACGCAAAUCCCCACUUAGAAAGCUCUCCUCCCUAUAUGCUUUUAACAACUCCUAGCUCAGGGAGUGUUGGCCAAGGAUCUUCUUCAAGUUUUGCUAAGGAUCUUAAUGAAGAUUUUAAUGUUGCUGGUGGGCUUUCUUCAAACAAUUCUCCUGUUGCUGAUAAAAGUAGAGGUUGUCGAGAAGGUUCUAUAGUGUUGGCUCCUGUUUCUGAACUGAAAAUGCAGUUCGAAACCCAAAAGAAAUCCAACAAGGGAAAGGCAGAAAUUCUACCUAAAAAAGAUUGUCUUGAUGUUUGUAAGGCUUCGAAUGGUGCUCCCGGUGGUUCUUCUACAGCCUGCUAUCCAUAUAACUUGAUCAAUGAACCUGCUGCUAUUGAAGCCUCUUCUAAAUUAGUUAGUGGUGUUAAUGGAUCAUCCCCCCUAGAAAAUCCCGAGCUUUCAGCAACUAAGCACGAUGAUCUGGCUCAUGAUAAGGAGGUCAAAGUCCCACAAAAAAUGAAAUCAGUGGCUUCUAAAAAGAACGUUUCUGCUUCUUCUAAAAAGAAUGUUCAGGACAAAGCUCUUAAUGUUGAAACGGAGGGUAUCAUCAAAGCUUCCCUACCAUACAAUGUGAAUUCUGAGAAACCUCUUCAUGUGGAAAGCAAUGAUUCUCCUCCUGCUAAACGUCCUAGCCCUGAAGCAAAUCCUAUUUCUGACAACAAGAAGCCUCUGAAGAUGGUCAAGAAAGAGAAAAUUUGAGAGAGUUUAUGUCUAUUCAAAAGUGUUUUGUUUUUUUGAUGUUUUUUGUUGGCUCUAUGAGCCAUUGAUGGUGUUAUGCGAAUUUUCAUUAUGAUUUUGUAGUUUGUCAUUUUGAAGAUCCUUUCAAUUUUGCCCUCUAAGGGAUGUACUUGACUUUUUCAUCCGAUGAUCGGAUACACCGUUUAUCUUAUGCAAUGUUCCCUUUUUCCAUAAGUUGAUCUAUUA